AUGUCUGAAGGGCAUGACAGGGACCACCCUUCUUCGGCCUCGCCUAUACGUGUGUUGAGCCGAUCGUCUCGGCAACUUGGCGAUGACGAGCCGAGAAGCUACGACACCUUUGAUCCAUUGGCCCUUCACCCAUCACCACUGCAAACGUCUAGACACCAAGCACCGAUUCUCAACAGUGGCGGCCGAAGAUCGCAAGGCGGUGGCUCACCACCAAGACGAGCCCCGCCACCUCCACCUUCCUUUUCACUAGAAGAAUUCACUCCCAACCGUAAGUCUCAGCGGUCUUCACAUGAAGCUGAAAGUACAAUAUCCUGGUUGCAACUUUCAUCUGGAAUUGAUUCUUUAGGUCAUGUGCGGAAUCUAGAAAACAUAGUGACUUACUUGAAGAACUACUAUGCGCAAGAGACUGGGGAAGAUAAGUGUGGACUGGAAACACUGCACCCGGAUGACAUCGUGGCACUAGCGAAAUGCUUCUGCACGGAUGUGCAGCGUCUAGUGCGGGAACGUAGACAGAAAAUGGGCAUGAGUGUGGUUUCGUUAGCUGUUGGUGAAUCACCGUUAAGUGGAGUAAUUUCGAACACUACGUCUAGUGAGAGUAGCAUCUCUAACUCUGGAGAUAACCUAACCCAAAAAAGUAGUCUUGAGGAGGGAGGGGUGAAAAAAAACACGCCUAAUGUCCAACCUCGCCAUCGCAGAGGCACCGUCUCCAGUGGUGGAAGCGUUUCCGUUAUGGACAAACAUACGGAGGCCGAAAAGUCCCAUGAGCCUCCUCAAAACCAGAAACACCUAACGUCAUUUCAACCACCACCACUGCAGGAGGGGCAAUCUCAGGAUCAUAGACCACCGGGAACACAGAUCGUAGAGGCCAUCGUGCCGGUCUACGGAACACCUCUUAAGCGAGCUGGCUCCCAGGCCUCUGCGUCUUCUCAACCUCUGCCUCAACGGCGUGUUUCGAUAAUCACCUCGCAUACUGGGGUCUCUCCAGGUGCUUCGCAUCUUCAUGAAGACACCUCCCUCAGCAGUGUUCCCACCUGGCGGGGCAUGGGUGUUUCCCCCGCGGACGCGCGUGCGAAGGCACCCGUCAUGCCAUCUGUGAACCCCCAGGUUUAUGUGGCCGCCCAUGCCUCGUCUUCAGCCCCUCUAGGGGUCCCGCUGUCCCGGCCUGGGCUGGCCUCCGUGGGCCGUCCUCCCCCCCCACCAGCCCGGGAGGGGGAGCCGAACAGCGGCAGGUCCGCCAAGUCUCCCGAGGCCGAGGCCCGAGACGACGCCGGCACAGCCGCGCACCUACCUAAGAAGCAACGGGCCUUCCAUGGAGAAGGUCUUCGAGGAUCACUGAACAUUUUGAUGAAGGUUUUGCGUCAAGGGACAUACUUGGUGAAGUAUUUUUCCUCGUUUCGAACGCCACACAUUCGCUUUUUUUGUGUUCAAGACUGCAUGACGAAAUAUAAUGGCAGAGAGGUGCGCAUGCCUCAUCUUGUGUGGAGGCCUAAGGCGAAAGACCAUUGGUCUGUUGAACAUUUUAGGGAGGAUGGCAGCAAGUCCAAUGCCUUGAAUUUGAUUCACCUCCAUACGGCGCGCCUUGGCGUCGACCUCGCACCAGAACUUUUCAAGCGAAGAGGCGGAUAUGUCAUUGACCACUGUGGGCGACCGCUUCCCGCAGACAUGUGUUUGGUUCUCAUAUUCCACUCGCGAACCUUAGGGCUUAGCUUCCUGACCAAAGCUGAUCGGCAGUUGUGGAUGGACGCAUUCACGGCCAUUAUUGAUCGUAAUCGCUCUCUCCAUCACUAG